CAUUUAGAGAGUAAAAAGUAUAGUGGAGAAAGUUAACUCUUAGGUUCUUAGGUUUACGAACUUCUGCCCUGUAUCAUUUAAAUUAAUUGAGGCGGAUGACAUCAUACAAGGUGCAAUGAUAGAUUUUGAGUAACGUUAGAGUCGAUGUGUUGGGCACAAAACCGACUUUAGAAGUUGCAAGAACGGAGGGUAAAGUCAAUGUGUAAAGCCAACUAUGGCUACUCACGUCUCACUGACACUGACUCUACUCAGCAGUUUUCAAUAGUAGGACAAACUACCCUACCAAACAACAGAUACCGAAAUGCAUUCUCAGUAACUAGCCUACAGUGCUACAAGCGAUGAAUAAGUUAUCAGAGGUUCUUUAAAGUGUCUCGGUAAUCAAAACUGAUCCUAGAUGUCAUUGAAUGGUCUCACUUUGAUAUUGAGGAUCUAUUAGUUACACUUGUCUCCUAAAUACAAAAUGUUCACAUGUGAUAUUUGUGGAAAGGAGUUCUCAAGAAAAUACAGUUUAAGAAUACAUCUUAUGACUCAUUCAAAAAAGAAAAAUAUAAAGUGUCCAUCUUGCCUUAAAACUUUUUCAAAACAGUCUCAAUUAACAAGUCACUUGGCGGUUCAUUCUAGCGCCAGAGAUUUCCAGUGUCCGGAUUGUGGUAAAACAUUUAAACGUAGAAGUAAUUUAUAUUACCACGUUCAAAUUCAUUCAGGAGAAGGAAAAGACUUCCAGUGUCAAAAAUGUUCAAAGGCUUUCAGAAGAAGAUAUGAGUUAAUUGUUCAUGGAAGAACUCAUACUGGAGAAAAGAACUUUUCUUGUGAAACUUGUGGUGCUGGAUUUAUUACUAAUUCAUCGAAAUUGGUUGAACAUAUGAGGCAUCAUACGGGAAAAAGACCAUUCGCAUGCACUGAAGAAGGAUGCGAUAAAGCGUUUUCCACUAAAACAGGUCUUCAGCGUCAUUUGUUCCUUCAUACAGGAGUAAAGCCUUAUGUGUGUCUGAAAUGUAAUAAAGAGUUUGCUUUUGCUAGUCAUUAUAAUAGUCAUGUCCGAAGCCACUUUACCAUUGAGAAAUAUAAGUGCCGAUUAUGCCUGGACCAUGUGAAUACGAAAAUAAAUAUGAACUUCCAUGAGAGACUACAUGCUGACACAAGGCCCUACCAAUGUGACCAGUGUGAUAAGUCUUUUAUAGCUCGAUUUCAACUGAACGCUCAUAUGAAGAAACACUGGGGUGGGAAAAGUUAUGUGUGCACAGAACCAGGUUGUGAAGCUGUUCUCACCACUAGAACUGGCUACCUCAGGCAUAUGAUAAUACAUAGUGGAGAGAAAAAAUUUAUUUGCAAGGUUUGCAAUCAUGCUUUUGCAUUUGUUGGUCAUCUCAAUACUCACAUGUUAACUCAUACAGGGGAAAAAAAGUUCAUGUGUUCAAAUUGUGGUAAGGGAUUUACAAGAUCAACUGUGCUUAAAAGACACGUAGAGAAGAAAAUAUGUUAUCCAUUACUUGAUAAAUAGCCUUCAAGCUUUUACCUAUGUGGAAAAAAUGACAUAUUUUCUUUUACCAGUCCACUUUUCAUAAUAGAAAUUCAACAUCUUGUUCAUCUACAAUAAAAUAAAAACAUUCUGGUGUGGCAUUCUCCUUACUUCACGCUUGAUUUAUAAUUGGUGUCUUUUAUGUCUUAAGUUAUUUUAUCGCAGAUCUCAGUGUUAAAUUUGAAUUUUGAUUAGCUGGAAACUGACUAAUAAUGGCUGUAGUUUUGAUGGGUAAAGAAUUCAGUGAUGGUAAAAACAGGUUAAGAUAAUGAAAUGUAGUUUGAUUUUCAAUGUCUUGUCUUCUAUCAUUUAUUCAAAUUAAUUCUAUCUCAGCUAUUUUUCACUAUUGUGCCUUUAUUUUCAAAAUUUAUAUUGUUAUGAAUAUAUAGUAAAGAUUUAUCUAUUAUAGAUGUUAUAGGCCUCAAUAAUUCAAAAUAAAAACUUAUUUUGCCU